CAAUUUCCCGAAGUACGUAAUAUCCACCACGUACCACCAUGUCUGAGGAGAAGCACCACCACAAGGACAACGAGGACAACCCUGUAACCUCUGCUUACGAAUCUCAGACGGCUUACGGAGGCGGCGGCUACAGCGAGACCACUGGUUAUUCCGUGGAGGGAGAGGGUGGCAGGUACAAGAGUGAGACCACCGAUGCGUAUGGCUCGGCUACUCCAGGCGGUGGCCGAUACACUAGCGAGACCACCGGUUAUGUUAAGGAGGAACACGGUGGCAAGUACAGCGAGACCACCACUAAAUCUCAUGGCACCACUGAGUCUUGAAUUGAUUACAAGAAGGAAGAGAAGCACCAAAAACAUCUAGAAGAACUCGGCGAGCUCGGUGCUGCUGCUGCUGGAGCAUAUGCUUUGCAUGAGAAGCAUAAGGCAAAGAAAGACCCAGAGCAUGCCCACAAGCACAAGAUCGAGGAGGAGAUCGCUGCCGUGGCUGCAGUUGGAUCUGGUGAGUACGCCUUUCACGAGCACCAUGAGAAGAAAGAAACCAAGGAAGAAGAGGAAGAGGCUCAUGGAAAGAAGAAGCACCAUCUCUUCUAAAUCCCAGCUUGUGAUGAUCUUCCUCAACAACGAACUAGCUCUUUAUAUAUGCAAUGUUGCAUGUUUAAGUUUGUUUUCGACUUUUCCUGAAGGAUCUGAUUUUUCUGUUA